UUUCAAAGUAAAAGUCAAACUGUGUGUUAUAACAAACGUUUAGUCAACGAAAGGAUUGUACCGGUAGCAAUAUAAUGACAGUUAAUUUCGCCAUUUGGGAGCCAUAACUAAGCAUUCAUCAAUCAUCACCAACCUGUACCCAGAAAGCCCCCACCCACUAGAUCCAUAUUCAUUAUCUUCUCAAAGGUUAGCAUGUUUUGGAGAAAGACUUCUCACAGUGAUAAGGAAACUGAAUCUGCUGAAAAGGAUGCAAAGAUCAGGGAAUUGAGGGCUGCCAUUGGAGCUCUAACGGGGAGGAGCUUCAAGUUUUGCAAUGAUGCAUGUAUAGGGCUAUAUUUGGAGGCAAGAAAUUGGGAUGUGGAGCAGGCAAAGAAAAUGUUGGAGGAGACGCUCAAAUGGAGAUCAACUUAUAAACCAGAAGAAAUCCGUUGGCAUGAAGUGGCACACGAAGGAGAAACUGGUAAAGCAUCCAUAGCCAAUUUUCAUGACCGGCAGGGGAGGACUGUACUCAUAAUGAGGCCUGGGAAGCAGAACACAUCAUCUGCAGAAGGUAGUGCUCGUCAUCUAGUGUAUCUGAUGGAGAAUGCCAUCAUGAACCUGCCAGAGGGCCAAGAACAGAUGUCAUGGUUGGUUGAUUUCAAUGGCUGGUCACUAAGAAAGGUUCCCAUUAAAACAGCACGAGACAUCAUCUACUUAUUGCAGAACCACUACCCAGAAAGGCUUGGAUUAAUAGUUCUUUAUAGCCCACCAGGAGUUUUUGAGGCAUUCUGGAAGAUUGUAAAGUACUUUGUGGAUCCAAAAACAUCACAGAAGAUAAAGUUUGUGUACCCAAAUAAUCAAGAUAGUAUGGAGGUCAUGAAAACCUGUUUUGAUUCUGAAAACCUUCCCAGAGAGUUUGGGGGGAAAACCACCUUGAAAUAUGAUCAUGAAGAAUUCUCGAGGUUGAUGACACAGGAGGAUGUAAAGACUGCAAAAUUUUGGGGAUUUGAUGAUGUACACUACCACGAUGCUGAUGAACACUUGAGAAAUGCCGAGCCGGAGCCAGUGAGUAUUGCCCAACCUGAAAACUGAGCAUGUAGAAGUGAUGUGUGUAAAAUCCUUACAGUGGUAUAACAUUUUGAUUCUUUAGGUUUUUAUUCCUCUAGUAACCAAGUAAGAUUGCAAGCAAAAGAUGUCAAUUUCGUUCAAGAACCCACAUAAGCUUCAAGCUGGUUUCAGUUUUAUACACUACUACAGAUAUAAUGCAAACAGUGAAGUACAA